AUGGUCAAAGACCAGAAGUUCUACGACAUCCUGGGGGUGUCGCCCGAUGCCACCGAAGCACAGCUGAAGUCGGCCUACAAGAAGGGCGCACUGAAGCACCACCCAGACAAGAACGCACACAACCCCGAAGCUGCGGAAAAGUUCAAAGACCUCUCACACGCAUAUGAAGUUCUCUCCGACCCCGAGAAGCGACAAAUAUACGACCAGUAUGGCGAGGAGGGUCUCGAGCAGGGCGGUGCCGGCGGUGGCAUGGCCGCUGAGGACCUCUUCGCUCAGUUCUUCGGCGGCGGCGGAGGUCCGUUUGGCGGCAUGUUUGGCGGUGGCAUGAGGGAGCAGGGCCCUAAGAAGGCGCGCACAAUUUCCCACGUCCACAAGGUUUCGCUCGAGGAUAUCUAUCGUGGCAAGGUUUCCAAGCUGGCUCUGCAGAAGUCAGUAAUCUGCCCCAAGUGUGACGGCCGCGGUGGUAAGGAGGGCGCAGUGAAGAAGUGUGCUGGCUGUGACGGCCGAGGAAUGAAGCACAUGAUGCGCCAGAUGGGUCCCAUGAUCCAGCGCUUCCAGACCGUCUGCCCUGACUGCCAGGGAGAGGGAGAGAUCAUCCGCGACCGUGAUCGUUGCAAGCAGUGCAACGGUAAGAAGACGAUCAUUGAGCGCAAGGUCCUCCACGUCCACGUCGACCGCGGUGUCAAGUCCGGCCACCGAAUUGAGUUCCGUGGCGAGGGCGACCAGCUGCCCGGUGUCGAGCCCGGAGAUGUCGUUUUCGAGAUCGAGCAGAAGCCGCACCCGCGAUUUCAGCGAAAAGACGACGACCUCUUCUACCACGCCGAGAUCGACCUGCUCACUGCCCUUGCGGGUGGCAAGAUCCACAUUGAGCACCUUGACGAGCGGUGGUUAACAGUCGACAUCAUCCCUGGCGAGUGCAUCAGCCCAGGUGAGGUCAAGGUCAUCCGCGGCCAGGGCAUGCCAUCAUACCGUCACCACGACUACGGAAACCUCUACAUCCAGUUCGACGUCAAGUUCCCCGAGCACCUCGGCGGUGAGGAAGGCGCACCCAUGUCGGAAGAGCAGAUCAAGGCUCUCGAAUCGGUCCUGCCGCCCCGCACAGCAGCUUCCGCCCCACCGCCGACUGACGCCAUGGUCGAAGACUUCACACUCGAGACCGUGGACGCUGCACGGGAAGGUGGCCGCGCGCGUGGCAUGGCGGGCGCAGAGGACGACGACGACGAGAUGCACCCCGGUGCUGAGCGCGUCCAGUGCGCGUCACAGUAA